AUGGAAAGAGUCAGGAAGAUUUCAGAGACAUACCCUAUUUUUAAGCAGAUACAGAAGAUGUCAAACGGACAGAUCAAGCCAGAGUACAGCUUUAUCGCUCUGGCCUCGAUAAUAUUCGUCAGCCUUUUUUGUAGGUGCCUGGCAGGCGCAGUCACAAGUGCCUUCUCCUUCCUGCUUAUAGUCACCCCCGCAACAAACAUAAUCGUGAGCAAAGCCUCCCCGGAGACAGCGAAUGUAAAGCACAUUUUGUCGUACCUCCUCGCUCUCGCCCUAUUUGGCCUGGGAGAAGCCGUCUUUUUCCCCCUUAUUCGGAGGAUUCCCUUCUACUACCACGGAAAGUUCCUUUUCUUCUACUAUCUCUCAGUCCGAAGAACCCAGCUAACAGACUACUUGAAUGCCUCUGUUUUUGCCCCCGCUAAUGACGUCAUCCGGAAGAUAAACCAGUUCGACGCGAAGGAAGUGCUGAAGGCAGCACAGGUCGCAGCUUCUGAUAGAAUAAAGAGCUCUGUAGAGGCUGUGAAGGAGGCGAAACCCUCCAAGGAAGAAUAA